AUGCAUCACUCGCAACUGGCCCCGCUCCCGAACGAUGUGCCUUUUCGCAUUGUGUCCAGAACCAUUGGCCAAGGUGCCUAUGCCUGUAUCAAAAAAGCCUGUCCCCUCGACGAUGAUAACCCAGUCUUCGCUGUCAAGUACAUUCACAAAGAUUAUGCGGCGCGCCACGGAAAGAUCAGCGCGAGACAGCUAGCAAUGGAAGUGACGGUACACAAGCAUGUCUCUGGGCAUGGGAAUAUAAUUGAGUUCUUCACAACAGGGGAAGAUGAAGUUUGGCGUUGGAUCGCAAUGGAGCUCGCCGAGGGCGGGGAUCUUUUCGAUAAGAUCGAGGCCGACGAGGGCGUCGGUGAAGACAUUGCGCACGUCUACUUUUCGCAACUUGUCAGCGCCGUCGGUUUCAUGCAUUCGAAGGGUGUAGGGCACCGAGACAUCAAGCCCGAGAACAUGCUGUUGACCGGCGAUGGGAAUCUGAAAAUCGCAGAUUUUGGUCUGGCCGUGCUGUUCGAGUAUAAGGGAGCGCGCAAGCUGUCUACGACAUUCUGUGGCAGUCCGCCCUAUAUUGCGCCGGAGGUCAUCACAAGCAACAGGGGAGCCACCAAGGGAACCACCAAGGGAGCUGGGUAUCAUGCUGAUCUAGUUGAUAUCUGGUCCUGUGGUAUUGUGUUGUUCGUCCUUCUGGCAGGCAAUACGCCGUGGGAUAGCCCGACAGACGACAGUUACGAAUAUCAUGAAUAUGUAGCGACAAAUUCUCGCACAACGGAUGAGCUGUGGCAAAAGUUGCCUUCUGCGACAUUAUCGUUGUUGCGCGGGAUGCUGACCGUGGACCCUCGAAGUCGGUUCUCCCUCGAAGAUGUCCGCAGGCAUCCCUGGUAUACUCGUUCAAACAGAUUCCUAUCGAUCGAUGGCAAGCUAAGAGAUCCAAUCAAUCUUGCCACGUCGAUGUUUGAAUCGCUACAUAUCGACUUCACCCAAGAUCCACUAUCUCGGACUCGCAAGGACACAGGCCGCAGCUUCGACCCCAUGGACAUGGAUAUGGAAGAUAACACGUCGGGCUUUUCGUCCACACAACCCGAGAUGCUCGGCGGGGGCGUGAUGGUGGAUUGGGACAAUCCCCAAGAAUCAGAUGUGUUCUCCUCCACGCAACCACUGGGCAAACAAUUCGCUUCCCAAGAUGCAGUCAUAGCAGGCCAUCUUGAAGACGAGCCCUCGAUGUCUCAGUUCUCCCAGCAACCUGCUGUCCCAUUGAGUCGAACCCAGAACGCGCAGAAAUUCCAGGAUAUCAUUCCCUCGCGCGCUAUGACACGCUUUUAUUCUUUGUGGGAGCUCAAACUCCUCGUGCCGCUCAUCUGUGAGGCGCUACAUCGGCUGGGGGUUCCGGUCCCUAGUGUACCUGCCGUAUCUGCCGGUGAUACCUCUGCGCACAUCCGAGUGUCCGCCAAGGACGGUCGGAUGUGUAUACUCCAAGGCAAGGUGCUUAUUGAGUGCGUUUCAGAGGGUGUCUUCGAGGUUGAAUUCGUCAAGGUGAAAGGCGAUCCCUUGGAAUGGCGUCGAUUCUUUAAGAAAGUGGCGAUCCUUUGUAAAGACGCUGUGUUCAGACCCGAUGAGUAG